UUAGGAGGGAAGAAAAGAAAGAAAGUGGGCAAGAAAGACGGAACCGAAAGUAAGAAAAUUAUGUAACCACCACUUCUUUCUUUUCUUUCUACAGCUUCUUAUUACACUGUCCCUUUCCGCUAAAAAUUCCUUUAAUUCCAUAAUAAUAAUAAUACUAUUACUCUUCGAAUGGCGAAAACCACCGUAGAGGGCGGAGGAGGGCUACCGGCGGCGGCUAAAGAGGCGGCAGAACUGAAAAGGGAGUUGCAGAGAGCAGUAAAGGCUGUAGUUGAAGACGAUGAUUACAGUUUAGAAGCCACCGAUCGAGCCAUGCAGUGUUUAUGUGCUUUAAAAGAAUUGAAAUUGAAACCUUUGAAUUCAAAUCCUUUGGAUAUUCGUAGCCUUUCUUUGAGUUUACCAAUUCCACCCCAUGAAUUCGUUUGCCCGCUUUCUGGUCAGCUUAUGAAAGACCCUGUUGUUUUGGCUUCUGGUCAGACAUAUGACAGACCAUUCAUUCAAAAGUGGCUGAAGGAUGGCAAUCGUAUGUGCCCUGAAACAAAGCAGGUUCUUUCCCAUUCAGUUCUCACCCCAAAUCAUCUUGUGAGGAAAAUGAUUUCACAGUGGUGCCAGAAGCAUGGAAUUGAGCUGCCUGGCCCUUCUCAUGAUGAGGACCUUGAGACAAUCACAAAUGCAGACCGAGAUCAUUUAAAUUCACUGCUUGAGAUAUUGUCUUCUAGUAAUGUUCCGGAGAAGAAAAAAGCUGCAAAAGAAGUUCGCGUCCUGACUAAACAGAUGCCAUCUCUACGGGCUGUUUUCGGGGAGUGCAAUGAUGCCAUUUCCAAAUUGCUCAAUCCUCUCUUGUCUGGUAACGUGACUACUCAUCCUGAUCUACAAGAAGAUUUGGUCACAACAGUUCUGAACAUCUCAAUACAUGACAGCAAUAAAAAGCUAGUAGCAGAAAAUCCUAUAGCCAUUCCUUUUCUUGUUGAGUCGUUGAAGUCUGGAACAGUUGAAACAAGAAGCAAUUCUGCUGCUGCUCUCUUCACAUUAUCAGCACUUGAUUCAAAUAAGCAUAUUAUCGCAAAGGCAGGUGCUCUCAAGCCUUUAAUUGACCUCUUGAAUGAGGGACAACCGUUGGCCAUGAAAGAUGCCGCUUCAGCGAUUUUUAAUCUGAGCAUUGUCCACGAGAAUAAGGGUAGAGCUGUCGCUGAAGGAGCAAUAAAGGUGAUUAUAAAGAAGAUCAGGGAUCGCGUACUCAUUGACGAGUUAUUAGCUAUUCUUGCCCUGCUGUCCAGUCAUCACAAGGCUAUCGAGGAAAUGGGAGAGGAGCUGGGUGCAGUCUCUUGUCUCCUAAGUAUCAUAAACGAGGAAACAAGUGAUCGCAACAAGGAGAACUGCAUUGCAAUCCUUUAUACAAUGUGUUAUAAUGACCGUACGAAGUUGAGAGAGAUCUGGUUAGAUGAGAGCGUUAAUGGGACGAUAUCUAAUCUUGCUAAAAGCGGGACCUCUAGAGCCAAGAGGAAGGCAAAUGGCAUUCUUGAGCGGCUAGAUAGAUGUGUUUCUCUUGUGCACACUACUUGAGGUUGAAUAUUUUGGGUAUAUGUACAUUCCUAAUCACCCCAUGUAAGUGAUCUUGCUUCUUAGUAGAUCUUAUACAAACAAAUUUCUAUACUUGUAGGAAGAUAUAGAUUCUUUUACAUGUCCAUCUUAGGCUUGUAGAUUACUGUAAAAAUGAAAUUCUCAACAAUAAGUACAUUUAAGUUUCAUUGUUAGUAGUUUGUUCUACUUAUAAACAGAUACAUCCUGCUUGUGGCUUCUCUAGAUA